AUGCGCCGCCUUGUAACCGCCCUUCUCACCGCUUCUGGCCUGGCCGCCGCGCUGCCCCUGGGCUCUGCCAUUUCAGCCAUGGCGCAGGAUACCGGCGACGAGCCGGUCAGCCAGUGCCUUGCGAUCGCACAGGCCCUGCCGCGCGUGAUGUUCGCCUCGGCUAGCGCCAGCCCGCUGGCGGUCGAUGGCGAUGUGACGAUCAGCUUUGCCGGCCAUUCCACCUACCGGAUCGAGACCCCGGCCGGCGUGACGAUCGCCACCGACUUUUCCGGCGUUUACGGCCACACGCCGACGCCGCGCGUCGUCACCAUGAACCGGGCCCAUUCGACGCACUUCACGCUGAACCCCGAUCCGGCGAUCGAGCAUGUCUUUCCGGGCUGGGACAGCGGCAAUCCGGAGGGCGCCGACCACGACACGGUGAUCGACGAUGUCUAUGUGCGCAACGUGACCACCGACAUCAGGCGCUGGGACACGACCGCGCUGACGGCGAACCAGAAUUCUAUCUUCAUCUUCGAGGUGGCGGGCCUGUGCAUCGGCCAUCUGGGCCAUCUGCACCACAAGCUGACGGACGACCAUUUCGCGCAGAUCGGCCGGCUCGACAUCGUCAUGGUGCCGGUCGAUGGCGGGCUGACCAUGGCGCAUACGGGCAUGGCGGAGAUCACCACGCGGCUGCGCUCGUCGAUCGUCCUGCCGAUGCACCUGCGCGGCAAUUCCAUCGACCGCUUCAUCGCCCUGAUGGGGACGGACUGGGCGGUCGACUUUCUCGAUGCCGAUUCGAUUACGGUCAAUGUGCGCGACCUGCCCGAACGGCCGACCAUCAUCGUGCCGGCGAGCCUUGCGCGGCGCGGAUGA